AUGUUUGGUCCUAUUUUCAACCUCCGCAUGGUUGGGCUUUGCCCAUGCUUAGAAAGCGAGGAAAACAGAGCUGCAAGGAAAGCCCUAGACGAAUUGAACGCAAUAUGCAAGGUUGUGGAUUGGCAUGUGCGCAAGAAAUCUGGGCCAAGAGGGUUUGUGCAGAGCCUGUUCCGGCAAAAGUCCAAUGAUGAUGCACCCACGCCAUCUCAAAUGGAAAUCGUGGAUGGAACAAAAGAUGAAAUAAACAAUGGCUCUCCUUUUCCCGAGCUCCAAAUCAAGCCUUUGGCAUCCUUUGAGGGUGAAUCAAAAAAGAAAAAGAACAGUGCUGACAUACGACUAGACAUUCCAUUACAUCACAUUCAUAGAAUUGAGGACGAAGCUGAAUCCACAAUCGUAAUCAUCACCAAAGACGUCCACAGCAUGGACGAAAACGAAGCAACGAAAGAGGCAGCACGUAUUAGCCUACCUUCACAGGAUAAAAGAGACUCCAUAUCGUUGGAUCUCAAAGUAAUAGUCGAGUGGAACAAGAACCGACAACCAGAAAUAGAGGAAGAGUUCGCUGCUGAUGGAUUGCGGCAAAAGGCGAAGAAGGCUACCCACUUCGCCAGAAGAGAGAUCGAAAUGUCUAAAUCCAAAAAGUCCCGGGAGAAACGAAAGGAAAUGUACCUUCAAGGAGGAGGUAUGAAGUUCACCGCGAUGGCAAUGGCAAACAGAGAAAUUUGA